AUGAACAAACUGCCCUUCCACAACAACAGAGUCAUGCAGGACCGCCGCAGCGUGUGCAUCUUCCUCCCCAACGACGACUCCCUCAGCAUCAUCAUCAACGUGAAGAUCCUGUGUCACGAGCUCCUGGUGCAGGUGUGCGACCUCCUCAGGCUCAGGGACUGCCACCUCUUCGGCCUCAGCGUCAUCCAGAACAAUGAGCACGUGUACAUGGACCUGUCCCAGAAGCUCUACAAGUACUGCCCCAAGGAGUGGAAGAAGGAGGCCAGCAAGGGCAUCGACCAGUUCGGGCCGCCGAUGAUCAUCCACUUCCGYGUGCAGUACUACGUGGAGAACGGGCGGCUCAUCAGCGACCGCACGGCGCGGUACUACUACUACUGGCACCUGCGCAAGCAGGUGCUGCACUCGCAGUGCGUGCUGCGCGAGGAGGCUUACUUCCUCCUCACCGCCUUCGCCCUGCAAGCCGACCUGGGCGACUUCAAGCGCAGCAAGCACUACGGCAAGUACUUCGAGCCCGAAGCCUACUUCCCGGCCUGGGUGGUGGCCAAGCGGGGCAGGGAGUACAUCCUGAAGCACGUGCCCACCAUGCACAAGGACCAGUUUGCGCUGACGGCCUCCGAGGCGCACCUCAAGUACAUCAAGGAGGCCGUGCGGCUGGACGACGUCGCCGUGCACUACUACCGGCUCUACAAGGACAAAAGGGAAGUGGAAGCCUCCCUGACGCUGGGGCUCACGACACGGGGCAUCCAGAUCUUCCAGAACCUGGACGAGGAAAAGCAGCUGCUCUACGACUUCCCCUGGACCAACGUGGGCAAGCUGGUGUUUGUGGGCAAGAAGUUCGAGAUCCUGCCCGACGGGCUGCCCUCGGCCCGCAAGCUCAUCUACUACACGGGCUGCCCGCUGCGCUCGCGCCACCUCCUGCAGCUGCUCAGCAGCAGCCACCGGCUCUACAUGAACCUGCAGCCCGUCCUGCGCCAGGUCCGGCGCCUCGAGGAGAACGAGGAGAAGAAGCAGUACCGCGAGUCGUACAUCAGCGACACGCUGGAGCUGGACAUGGAGCAGCUGGAGCAGCGCUCGAGGGCCAGCGGCAGCAGCGCGGGCAGCGCGCGCCACCAGCGCCUCUCGCGCCGCUCCAGCGCCAGCCGCGGCAGCUCGCGCACGUCCGGCGUGGACACGGAGCCCCGCGCGCGCGACGCGCCGCCCGACGACGCCGGCGCCCACAGGAAGCUCCAGACGUGCAGCUCCAUGACGAGCCACGGCAGCUCGCACACGUCCGGCGUGGAGAGCGGCGGCAAGGACCGCCUGGACGAGGACUCGCAGGACGACGAAAUCGAGAUGCUGGUGGACGACCCGCGCGAGCUGGAGCAGGCGGGCGAGCUGGCGCUGGAGGUCAGCCCCGACAUGUGCGUGUACAUCACCGAGGACAUGCUGCUGUCGCGGCAGCUCAACGGGCACGCAGGGCUCAUCGUCAAGGAGAUCAGCUCCUCCACCUCCAGCUCCUCCGAGACGGUGGUGAAGCUGCGCGGGCAGAGCACGGACUCGCUGCCCCAGACCGGCAGCCGAAAGCCCAAGACGUCCACGGACCGGCACAGCCUGAGCCUGGACGACAUCCGGCUCUACCAGAAGGACUUCUUGCAGCUCGCCGACCUGUGCCAGGACACGGCGCAGAGCUACACGUUCGGCUGCGGCCACGGGCUGCCCGAGGAGACCCUCUACUGCCACGGCUGCCUGGCGCGCCAGUGCAUCGCCAUGCAGGAGGGCUUCCCCGCCAAGCGCRCCAGCAAGUACUUCUCGCUGGAUCUCGCCCACGACGAGGUCCCCGAGUUCGUGGUGUGAGCYGCGGCCGGGCCGCCUGCCUUGGGAGA